AUGGAAUUGGAUGGAGACUCUCCACCUUACUGGUCCCAACCCUCCACCACCACACUCCUCCGUCAACGCCGCCGACAACCACCCUCUCCUCCUAUUAUCAACCCCGUUAUUCUAAUUCUACUUCUACCCAUUCUUACUAUUCUCAUCUUGUUCUUUUUGGUUCCUCCUUUCCUUUCACACACUACUCAAAUUCUUCGGCCUAAUUCUGUGAAAAAAGGAUGGGAUUCGUUUAAUAUCUUGCUUGUUGUUUUUGCUAUUCUUUGCGGCGUUUUUGCCCGCAAAAAUGAUGACAAUUCAGCUGAUAACAGUACUGUUUCUACCAAUCAAAGAAAUAGAAUUGUUUCAACAAGUGAAACUUCAGCUGAUGAUAGGCGGCAGUCUAUUUCUAAUGAUCAAUGGUUUGAGCAGAGUGUUGAGAAAGCUUACAAUUUUGCUCCAAUUGGGUUACAUGAAACUGGUGUUAACCGGUUAAGAAGAAGCAGUAGCUCGUAUCCUGAUCUGAGACAAGUGCCGCAAUGGGAAACCGGUGAGAACCAUUCCAGGUUUUUUGAUGAUUUUGGAGUGAAUUUUUCCCGUUCUACGGCAGCUGCGGAGUAUGAGAGUCACCGUCCACGGCGGAGCGAGAGUCAGAGGGAAGAAUCUGAUAUUAAGGUAAUUCCUGUGGAUACAUUUGAAACUCGUUCAUCUCCACCAGAACAGAGUCCGUCGCCGGAAAAACCUACGGUGUCGUCAUCGAAGCCACCGCCGGCAAAUUUGAAACGGAGAAGAUCAUUUCAUAGUGUUCCGCGCAAGGACAAGGUUCAAAUGCAGAGUAAUGAAGCUGAUGUAAAGCUCAACGAAAAACAAGAGCCUUCACCACCGACAUCAUUGCCGUCAUCGCCGCCGCUAACCGAGCAGCCAUCACCUCCGGUGGAAAAGCCUCAAAAGCUUCAGAGGAGAAAGAGUGGUACAAAGGAAUUAGCCACAGCUAUUGCCUCAUUGUACAAUCAGAGUAAGAAGAAAAAGAAGAGAACAAAGAAGAGAGAUAUUUUUGAGAGCGUCUCUGAUUCUCCACCUUCAAAAUCAGUCCUGCCACCACCAACACCGCCACCGCCACCUCCUCCGCCGCCGUCUAAAGUUUUCCAAAACCUNUCAACAGCAGCGCCGCCUCCACCUCCGCCGCCGCCUCCAAAUUCAAUUUUCAACAAUUUGUUCAAAACCGGCAGCAAAAGCAAACGAUUUCACAAAACAUCAUCAUCAACUCCUCCACCGCCUCCUCCUCCUCCGCCGCCACCUUCUUCAAUUCUCAACAAUUUGUUCAAACACGGAACCACAAGCAGGCGAUUCAAAUCAACUCCUCCACCUCCUCCUCCACCUCCACCGCAAGCACACGUGUCAUCAAGGCGGAGAAAAACUUCAACACAUUCUCAACCACCAAUGCAACAACCGGAACCUCCACGUCGACGUUCAUCAUAUUCCAGCAAACCUCCAUUGCCAACAAGACCAGUCACCAGUUACUAUGACGAUAACUUGAACAAUGGGUCACAAUCGCCGUUAAUACCAAUGCCGCCUCCGCCUCCUCCUCCGCUAUUCAAAAUGCGGGAGAUGAAGUUCGUUCCUUCCAGUGAUUUUUUCAGGAUACGGAGCGAGCACAGCUCUCGCUGCAGCUCGCCGGAAAUUGAAGAUGUUGACGUUGAUGAUGUGUCCGUCAGAUCGUCCUCGGAGGCAAUCGACGGUGAAGAUUUAACCGGGCCGUCGGUUAUUUGCCCGAGCCCGGAUGUUAACGCGAAAGCGGACUCUUUCAUUGCCCGGCUACGAGAUGAGUGGCGAUUAGAGAAAAUGAAUUCAUAUCGGGAAAAGGGAAACUUGGGCUGA